AGAAAAACAUUGCCACAGUAUUUCAGGUUCAAUUUUACUUACGUUAGACUCAGAUUCAAAUUGGCACUCAGCCGCUAAAGAUCAAAUCUUCUAGUCGAAGAAAAUCUACUUGGAUUAUCUAAAAUUUUCAUCUUCAAUUUUUCUUUGAAAAAUAAUAUUUUUUUUUAUCGACAUUCAUAAUGGCGCCACGUAACAAGGAACAAGAGCAAGAAGUUUUGGAAUGGAUUUUCAAAGUGUUGGGCGAAAAAGUACCAGCUGGACAAUACGAGGACAUUUUGAAAGAUGGCGUUGUUCUCUGUAAAUUGGCAAAUAAAAUGGUGCCUGGUUCAGUGAAGAAGAUCCAAGAACGCGGUACCAACUUCCAAUUGAUGGAGAAUGUUCAACGAUUCCAAGCUUUCCUUAAGAAAUACGGAUUGCCUGAAGAGGAAAUCUUCCAAACAGCUGACUUGUUUGAGCGAAGAAAUGUCCCACAAGUCACAUUGACUUUGUAUGCAUUGGGCCGCUAUACCCAAAAACAUCCAGAAUACAACGGGCCAGCAUUGGGACCAAAGAUGGCUGACAAGAAUGAAAGAUCAUUCACUGAAGCUCAAUUGAGAGCUCAUGAAGGUGAAUUGAACCUUCAAAUGGGCUUCAAUAAGGGCGCAUCACAGGCUGGACACGGCGGUUUCAGCAACACUCGUCACAUGUAAUUUAACCAUCCGCCAUCGAUUUUAUAAUCUUCGUAACACAUAAUUUACAUAUUCUCUGCUUUCAUAAAUUUUCAUUAUUUUCAAAGUGAAUAUGUACGAUCAAUUUUCAAACAAAUAACGGUUUAAUAAAUUCAUUUAAUUAAUUGCAAAAA